AUGGCUUCGAGAUUCAAGCUUGCGUUUGCACUCUCUCUGCUGCUUCAACUGUUAGAUUUCUGUAGGGGAAGCAAAGUUGGUGUUGCCUAUGGAAGGAAUGCUAAUAAUCUUCCACCACCUGAUCAAGUAGCACAAUUGGUUGAAAAACACAAUAUUCAGUACCUCAGGAUUUAUGAUUCCGAUCCCAAAGUGUUAAAGGCCUUUUCAAACACUAGCAUUGAACUUAUGGUGGGAGUUCGUAAUGCAGACUUAUCAGCAUUCCAGUCCCAAUCUUAUGUAGAUUCCUGGCUAAGGAAUAGCAUCCUCCCAUACUACCCAGCCACAAAUAUCACCCACAUUACUGUUGGUAUUGAAAUGAUUGAUAGCCUGGACAAUGCCACCAACUUGGUUGUACCCGCCAUGAGAAAUGUUGUUUUCGCAUUGAAAACAGCUAACCUGCAAGAUAGGAUCAAGGUUUCAACUCCACUCCCCUUUGGGGUUUUAUCGAAAUCCUACCCACCUUCCGAAGGGGCAUUUAGCAGUAGCUAUGAAAAUGUCUUGCGACCUUUGUUGGACUUCCUGGAAGAGAACCAAUCACCUUUUAUGGUCGACUUAUAUCCUUUUUACGCUAUGAUCAAUGGAGAUUCUUCUUUGGAUUAUGUUCUGUUUAAGUCAUCCUCUUCGAUUUUCGUAGACCCAAAUACCGGUUUAAGUUACAAUAACAUUUUUGAUGCUCAGCUAGAUGCUUUUCAUUUUGCUUUGGCCAAUCUGAAUUUUAGCAGAAUGAAGAUUAUUGUAACGGAAACUGGCUGGCCUACGAGAGGUUCACCCUAUGCUAGUAUUGACAAUGCCCAGACUUACAACACCAACUUAAUUCGUCAGUUUAUGGAUGGCCCUGGUACGCCUGCUAUGCCCGGUGUAAACCUAUAUGUGUUCAUUUUCACCUUGUUUAGUGAGAACCUAAACCCAGGACCGGAAACAGAGAGAAACUUUGGCAUAUUUUAUCCGGACAUGUCGAGUGUAUAUAACCUGGGCUUUCCUGACAAAGGAGGAAGAAGCUGGUGCAUUGCUUCUAGCCAGGCUUUGGAUUCGGAUUUACAGUAUUUGCUAAAUUGGGCUUGCAUUCUGGGAAAAGCGAAUUGUUCGGCAAUUCAGCCAGGCCAGCAAUGUUUUGAACCAGAUACCCUAUUUUCUCAUACCUCUUUCGCCUUCAACAAUUACUACCAGAAAAAUGGAGCCACCGAUGAUGCAUGCAGUUUUGGAGGAACUGGGAUCAAAGCUAUGGUGAAUGCAGCUAUCACUAAGAGGACGUAUCAUGAGAAUAAAGUAGUUGUUGCGAUUAUCGUGAACGAGUGCAUGAGCUAA